AUGACGUACUAUGGAGUGUUGUUCGUCGAAAAGUGCACGCCAUCUACAAUCACCCAAUUGCAAGAUGUUUUAUCUACGGACCUUAUAUCAAUGGGUGAUAAAUGGUCUUUUGAAUUGAAGACUUUUAGAACUUCUGCUAAGAAUACAGAUCCGAACGAUACUAAGGUAAUGCACACAGUACAACUCUCACAUAAAAACAAUGAAACAGUUACCAUAAAGAAUCAAUCGGCAAUUAUAACUCCAACAUACGUGACAAAAGCUCUUUAUGAUAAUGGCUGUGUUUUUGGAACUCCUGAACCUUUCGACUAUAUGCUUUCAAAUAAACUUUCAAACAUAUGGACACAGAGACAGUCCAUUAAAGGAGAAUUCGGUGUUUCAUAUCAAACAGCAGACUUAUCGAUACGAGUCAAUAAUGCUUUUUCUUAUAGCGGUUUUCAAGGACUGAUACUUGAGCUAGAAUCUAAGUCAUCGGACAAUCUGGAAGCGUUCGAGAAAAAUGUUGAAAGGGUACGAACCAUGCUAAGUGGCAUGGGAUUAUCGGACGUUAGAGUCUCAUCAGAUAAAUCUCAGGGUUCCAAACAAGAAGAUUCCAGUCUAUUUGAUUUGGCUGCUCAUUAUUUAAAAGUUCUCGGUUAA